GCAAAAGCUGAGGUAGAUAGGACCGCGUGGUUUGGAUUCGGUUUUCGGACACAUCCCUUCGGGGACGCGGCCGAGAACCGACGUGCCCUCCCGGCAAAUGCCGGACCCAGAUGCCGAGACCGUGGGUGAGGAGGAGGAGGAUGGACUCCUGAGAUUGCCCAAGGAAACGCGGCAAGCGCAUGCCGAAGCGCACGCCGAGCACAGAUCGCCCGAUGGAUUGCAGAUCCAAAGGUGGCUCUGGUGGUGCUGUACGCUUCUGGGCCCUUGCCUGGUUUGGAUGGCAUGCAGAGCGAAUACCUGUCCGGAAGUUUCCGUCAGUAGCGACGGCGCCGCGUUGGGCGACUUGGGUGCCGGCAAAGCGGCUCCGGCGCCUCCGUUGGCUCCGGCGCCUCCGUUGGCUCCGGCGGCUCCGGCGGCUCCGGCGGCUUCGGUGUCGGCCCGCUGGGAGUCGAAUUGUGAUGUGCUGCCCUGGGACCGCUUCGAUGGAGAGCGGGUCAUGUGCUUCCCCGUCAAGUGGACUGAAUCCGGGAGCGGCGGGCAGUUCGGAAACCAGCUCUUUCACAUUGCCGUGACCCUGUCCAGGUCCUUGGAAGAGGAGGCUCCCUUCUACGUGCACCAAGGAAGCUGGAGAUACAAAGGCGUGCAUUUCCCCUGCCUCCGCAGCAGCCGAAAGUUGCUGCAAGACCAAGACAGCUACGUGCCUCCGAAAGGCAAGUGCCAGCUCACUUUUGAGGAUACCAGGAAGUGGUCGAAAUACCAUCAAGGCGUGGACAACUGGUAUGCAGGCCAGGACAAAAUGCAAAGCAUCAUGCGGAUGGUGAUUUCCAACACUGGCAUGAACUUUGCUGGCUAUCCUUCACUGACCACUGCUGACUUGGUGAUACACUUUCGAGCCUAUUUUAGAGGCAAGACGCCUGCCACCCGGCUUCCGUGGCGACUUGCGCAGCAGCCCUUUGCUUUUUUCGAGAUGGCGGUGAAACUGCACAGAAGCAAAGAGCCAUCUGGAAAGAUUUGGAUCGUUUGCAAGAGCAAUUUGCGACCGCACCCCACGGUUCAGCGGCUGGUGACCGAGUUGGGCGCCACGGUGGUGACUGCGGGUGAUGGCUACAACACUACUCAUGCGGACUGGUGGGCGGAUUUCCUGUGGGUGGCAUCAGCCAAGCACAUUUGCAUCGCGACCAGCACCUUUGGAUUCUGGGCAGCAUUCUUGAGCUUUGCAGAAACCGUCCACUUCCCGAUUUUCCCGGGGAUCUCUGGCUUCCUCGAAAAGACUUGGUGCCAUCUGAUGGUGCCGCUGGACUCGCGAUACAUCUACCACGAUUGGUGGGGCAACAAGACUUUCCAAGCGCGGGAGGGCGAGUACUUCAGCGCCAGGGGCAACUGUGAACGCAUGGCGGACUUCUGUCCCAACCUUUUCCCUGAAAACGAAGCGGCCUGCUUCGCGGGGCCCAAGGCGCCCAAGGAGGUGUUCAAACGUUUCGUGGCGCAGUGGUUCCCAGAGUUUUCAAAUUCCAGAGGCUAGGACGUGUUUCAGGGAACUUUUGUGCUUAGUUGAGCCUCAAUCAAACCCGGGCAGAUCACGGUACC